AUGAGUCCGCAAUGGAUGCCCCAGAACAUCCAGAAGCGACUCUUGCUCUAUGUACUACAGCAGCUCUCGCUCUUCUCGGAAAUAGACCUUCCCAACUUGGAAGAAGUGUCUCUAAACAAUAUCGUGUUAAGAAAUGUGUCCCUUGAUCCAGAGAAGAUGGGUAAACUUCCAGGCUUUAACCUUCGAUAUGGACAAGUAGGGACGCUAGAACUUAACGGAGGUGUCAUGGGAGGAGUCAAUAUAGAUGCAAGUGACAUAGAAAUUGUUGUAGCUCCGAGUUUGGACAACCAUGAUGUUCAGUUUUCGUUGGCACAAAGCACCGCCAAUUUGGCAAGUAUGAUGGAGACGAUGGAAGAUGAUGGAAUCGAUGAGGACAAUGAUACUGAUGUGGAAGAUGACUCGGGUGACUCCAAGGUUAUUGACUCUGAUAAUGAUCAUGAUAUUGAUGCUAAAAGCUCAGCAAAUGACGAAGACGACAAACAAGAAACGAAACGAUCAGCACUUGGAGGCGUCAUGGCGAAGGCAGUCGAGAUAGCACUUCAGAAGCUCCAGGUUACAAUCAAGAAUCUUGUCAUCAAAGUUGUUCUGGAAGAGGUGGAUAUUGCUAUCAAAUUACACACCGCUCACAUGAAGACUACAGAUGGUGUAAGACAAAUAUCAGUCGAAGAUAUAAGUGUCUUUACGCUAAAACCAGGCAUGCCUACGGGCGAUAAGUCUCUGUCUGCUGGACAAACGUCAAGAAAUGAAGAAGCAAAAGACGAAGAAACGAAUACUAAUGAUAAUGAAAUUGAUGAAAUCGAUGAAAAUGAAGGCGAUGAUAAUGAAGGCGAAAACGAUGAUAAUGAUUACGACUCCAACAACUCCAAUGAUUCAAACGAGGGCUCAGAGCUCAUGGAUAGUAUGGUUUUUACCCAUGAUGAAGCCAGCUCCAUCUACAUGAGUGCUACUUCUCGCUCCUUCAGCAAAAACGCUGCUCCUGGCUCCACAGCAUUUUCUAGAAAUACUCAGACCACCAUUGCUCACAUUGAUAGCCUCUCCUUCACAUUUAAGGGUCUUUCGUCAAUUUCGGAUAUUAAUAUUGACGUGGGAAACGUCAAGGUUGCAACAAUUCCAGCCACUGCCACUGUCGUGGCAAUCUUAUCUUCUUUGACCCGAAACUUUAAGCUUCGCAAUCAACAAUAUCGAAAGCAGGAUCUUAAAACACGUAACGAUCGUUUCCCUCAGUAUACUGACGAUGAUGAGAUGUCUAGCGAAGAGUCUUCGAGUAAUUCUCUUUUCGAAAAGUUGCAUAUAUCAAGCAUCGCAAUAAGCACAUCCUCGGCUUUAGACGAAGCAGGAAACUUUCUCUCGUCGUCUCAUAUGGCACUUCUGCUCUCCAAUAUUAACAUACUGCAACGCGAUAACGAACUCAUAUUUGGUGGUGUUGAAAAAAUUCAUAUUUAUUUUGAGUCUGGGGGUUCCACUCGUGAUGUACUUCUGUUCAGGGAAGGUUCAGAUUCGAUCAAUCGGAAACCUGAUAAACCUAGAGCCGACCUAAGAUUUGAGUACUUUAUAAGCAAGGGUGUACGAGAAAUUACAUUCUUGAUGUCAAAACCCUGCCAUAUAAAGUUGGAUUCGGAGUCACUUCUGAGUCUUCUUGGGUUUUUCUACGUCUUGAGCGAUGUUCAAGGAGCUACACAGCAACUAUCGGCGGCUCGCCAUAUGUCUGCAGCAAGCAAGCCAGUCGAAGAUUCAGAAUCUGAUUUGACGUUGCAAACCGCAACUUUUACGUUUGAGCUUGUUCUUGAUGAGAUCUCAACUUUGAGUUGGAUGGUGUUUCCCAUCUCAUUCAGCAGCAAGCGAGGGGGGAUGACGAUAGAUAGAAUUGUGCUGACAAUUCAAAUCGAAGGACGAUCUGACAUUCCACUCAUUUCCAUGCAAUCAGUUGAGUACAAAACUGCUGGCAAGAGUUUCACGGCUUACAUUAGAUCGGGCCAUAAUCCAAAGGCAGCAGGACGAACAACUUCAGUCGAUUCUUCGAGCUCGAUCAACAUCGCAAAGGUUUCCGGGCUGAUUCUGCAUUCGCAUCUUACUCUUUUGAGCGACAGGUUUCGUGACUUGGUUCAAAAUCUAGAUUAUACUUCGUCUGUCCCACAAAAAUCCUCCUUCGAGACGAAGGCAGACUUAUCGAUGUCAGUAUCUCACUAUGCUUCAAGUAGAAGGAGAGGUAAUGCUACGGGAAUUCCCAACAUUCUAAUGGGAAAUGUUAGAUCUAUGGCAUCUACUUUUAGUCUCCAUAUCGAAAAGUUCAGAUUUUUGUUGGAGCUUGAUGACAUUUUUGGCAGCCUCGAACUACUUCUCGAUGAUAUUCUUGUCUUCAAAUCGAAGGAUGAAAUCCACGGUUCAGUAUUGCGACUUCUUUCAGCGAGGAAAACCCCAGAUAAGUCUUCUCAGUACUUGUUGUCUGACUUUACUGAGCUCGAAUCUCCUGUGAAGACUCCACUAAUUUUGUUCAAUGUCCGCAAUCGUGACAAACUGAGUGCCUUGGAUAUCCAUUUUAAUCGUUUAAAGCUUGAAUAUCAUGCUUCUUGGGUUUCGCUCCUAAAGAAGUUUCAAUCCCAAUCGUCCUCGAAUGAAAAACAGAAUCCAUCCAAUACGCCGAAAAAUGCACUGAAAAGAUUUGAUUUGUACUUGACUUUCAACGAUUGUGCCUUAGCAUUCAAUCCUGGUCGACUUCGGAGCAAAUGCAUUGCUUCCAUCGAAAAAUGCACUUCCGACGUUCGAUGUGCCGAUAGUCGAACUGUCAUGAAGAGCACCUUGAAGGAAGUUCAACUUUACGUGAUUGACGAUGUUAGUAACCGGAAGAAGUUCCAUUCCAGUCUGAAAGGGUAUCAUUCAGAACCGGGACCUCUUGAGUAUUUUUCAGACAUAGGCUACAUUCCACUUGGAACGGUUACUAGUUUGCAUGUGGCGGUAUCAUCUGCUGAGAAUCCAGGCGGUGGCGCCAAGCUCGAAAUCAAAGUCAAUGCCGACGAGCUCCAGCUUGAAGUGUGUGCAGAUUCAGCUCAUACGCUAACGCAACUGUUGAACGAUAUGACUGAUCCAAUAUCUUUACAAGAACAUGAAAAAUGUAAGGUCAAGACGAAUGAAACUAUCAACUUAUUAUCGAUGCUUGACGAGAAAUAUAUGCUGGCAGCAUUUGCAACGGAUGAUGAAGUACUGCAAAUCGAUCAAGCAAUCGGCUCGUUGGAGCUCGUCGACUCAGAACUUUCUUCUGGUAUUCUGAUCCAGGAGGAUCAUUUCGCUUCUUCUGUGAAAAAGGAGACCUCUGAGUCCAGCAAAAUUGAUUUGACUUUGAAUCUUGGAAAAGCCGUGAUUUACCUUUAUGAUGGGUAUGACUGGAAGCUGACUCGGAAGGGAAUCAAAAGCGCCAUACGUCGAGUUGAACAAGAGUUGGAUAGAUCUGAAGCCGGCCAAAAUGAUUCGGCACCAAAUUCCUCGUCUACUAAUCUGACAAACCAAGAGCCCCGAGUCAGCUUUGAAACGGGCGCUGGUGGAGUUAUUGAGGAAACAUUGUACAAAUCAAUACAUUUGUCGGUUCCUACUGAUGGCAAUGUUGAUGAUCUAGCUGCGAGAAUCAAUGACCAGGUGCUGACAGACAAAAAAAAAACGACUCCCAAAGGCUCCUUAAAGGCAUACCAGAAUCUUCAUCUAAGACGGUCCACCCACCAUAAAAUGAUGGUUGAGGUUCUUGAUGUUUCAGCGGAUGUGAAAGUGUUUUCAACACGAGACCCCAAUACCGAACCAUUCGAACUGAGUCGACCUUACGAGCUCAUGAACUCCAUUGACCUCAAAUUGCACACCUGUAACAUAGUUGAUAAUGUUCCAUCUUCCACCUGGAACAAAUUUUUGACCUAUAUGAACAUCCUCGGAAAACGUGAACAGGGAACGCACAUGGCUCGAUUAAAUUUAGUGAAUGUUCGACCAGACCCAUCACUUAUCGCUACCGAGGCCAUGAUUGAUUUGGAAGUUCUUCCUUUGAGGAUGUACAUUGAUCAGGAUACCCUCGACUUUUUGAACCGUUUUCUUGAUUUUCGUGAUGUUCGUUUUGACCUUCCUCCCAGAUGA